AUGCUGGGCCGGCGGCGCGUCUUCGCCGUGGAGCCGCGCGGCGGCCGGGAUGGGGCUGGCCAGAGCUCGGCGCAGAGCUGUGUCGUGCCUGGAGUCACCAGCGCCUACCGCCGGAUCCCGGACGCCUCUCCCGCGUGCGCGGGGGGCUGCUGGGAGCCGGAUGGCGCGCUGAAGGGUGCCCUGGGGCAGAUGCCACUUCUCAAGCUGGCCUCCCGGGACUCAGGAGUGGAGAUGGCGGUUGGGGACAGCGCCCUGACCAGCGCGCCGGGCCUUUCUCAAGACUCUCUGGACUUUGAGCCUGUGGGGAGCCCUGAGCCCCUGGCCCUGCCCACGGAGCCCCCUGCCCACCUGGGCCGGCUCCUGGCCAGCCGCAAGCUAGAGCAGGUGCUGGAGCGCUCCAGCCAGCUCCCCACUCCGCCUGCCAGCUUGUCAGGACACCACCGCUCCCCGAAGCCGAGAAGGAAGCCUGAGUACGAAGUGCCCCUUUUUGGAGGAAGGGGCCGGGAGGCCAGCAAGGCAGAAACCGACCGAGGGGCAGGCCCGGAAGAAGCAGAGGUGGUGAGGGGCGUGGGGCCCGAAGCCUGGGCCUGCCUCCCGGGACAGGGCCUUCGCUACCUGGAACACCUGUGCCUGGUGCUAGAGCAGAUGGCGAGGCUCCAGCAGCUGCAGCUGCAGCUGCAGACCCAGAGGCCCCCUGGGGUGAGUGAGCCUGGUGGCAGCGGUGGGCACGGAGACCCUGCGGAGGAGGAGGAGUCGGCCCUGGCCCCGUCGCCUCCAUCCUCUCCUGCCCCCGGCAGCGGGCUGCUUGGGUCAUGGGAGCUGCUCAGCCGGACGAGGGAGACAGGUAUGGGGCAACCGUGUCUCCCUCCGCGUCCGGCCGGCCCAGGGCCCGAGGCAGGCCCCCCGAGCCCUGGGCUUGAGGGGUGUGUUCCUGUUCCGCGCUCUGGGUCAUCUGAUUCUCUCUCUGAAGGUGUAAAAAGAGCUUCACUCCCAAAGGUGUGGGUGCCCAGUACCCACCCCCCCGGGCUGUCAGAGGCCCCCACAGAGCCGGCUCCCACCGUUCCACCCUCCCAGAGUCACAAGCGGGAUCUCUCCCACUGGAACAAGGUCAAGGUCCUUCUCAAUCGGAUUCGCUGGAAGAGCCCUCAGUGCCCGGAGCCCGCCACGCCUCCCGCUGGCCCUGCUACCCGGAUUGGGUCAAGGGACCUUCCUGAAAGACCUUCAUGUCGCCCCCUCCGGAAGACCUUUAUGCCAUCGUUGGUGGUGAAGAAGCAACGAGCAAAAAACCUUUCUGUCUGCUGAGACCUCCAGGUGCAGGUGUGCCCCUGGGGGGAGGGGCGCGCAGUGAAGUCUUCUUUGCCCUUUGCCCUUUGCUGUUUUUGGGCACUGCCAGUGAAAGCUGCUGACGCUUGCCAUCCUCUCUGAGGCGAGGGCUGAGUCUUUCUCCUCUGAGCAGCCUGGCAGGGAGCCCUGGUGUGGCUGCCCCGGGGCACCUCGCUGGCUGCCGGAAGUCCCCGAGCCAGGACAACGUGAACGGCUCCAUCGGGCACCCCUGGAGCGUGCUUGGCGUGGUGAUGUUGGGGCCCAGUGUGCUGCAGGUGUGCGUGCGAAAUAACACACUGCACGUGUCUCUGCGAGACUGUCACUGUCAUGAACUGAGUGGAUCCUACCAGCUCUCCUGAAUCACACACUCAAAAAGUUGGGCUUCUAGGCGGGGUCGCUGCAGAAGGAUGGGACUGACCUUCACGCCUCAGUGGACAGUGGCUGAUCCUGGAGGCCGGCUUUCCUCCUCAUUCCUGCACGGGAGGCCCCGGCAGGGAGGGCACGGCCUCGGCUGUGUCCGCAUUGGGUCUUGCCCGGGGAGCAGAGCCCCUGAAGACCGCAGCAGGAGCGGGAGGGUUGGGAGACACGUGGGGACCAGCGGAGCAACCUGCAGGGUCUCUUCUUAGCUGCUUUGCUCCUUCCCAGCCUUUACACGUCAGAGCUGAGACCCAAGGCCCGUGCUGGCUCUCAGGCCUGGACAGAACCCCCUGAACUUGUCUGAGCCGGAGCUUCCCACUUCAUCUCCCGGGGGGUAUCCUGACGCCUGACCUACCUACCUCACCGGCUUGUUAUGAGAAUAAAAUGAGAUUG